UCAAGGUGAGGAGGGGCAACACCGGCUAAACACUCACACACACAUUUAUUUUACACACAUUUAGUACACGCUCAUAUAACGAACAAAACCCUUAACACAUACAGAGAAUAAACACAGCGACAGAAUGAGGGAGAUUGUGCACAUUCAGGCUGGACAGUGUGGAAACCAGAUUGGAGCGAAGUUCUGGGAGGUGAUCAGUGAUGAACAUGGCAUCGAUUGCAGUGGGACCUACAACGGAGACAGCGAGCUGCAGCUGGAGAGGAUCAAUGUCUACUACAGCGAGGCCUCAGGGGGGAAAUAUGUGCCCCGUGCCAUCCUGGUGGAUCUGGAGCCUGGCACCAUGGACUCUGUCCGGUCUGGUCCAUUUGGACAAAUCUUCAGGCCUGAUAACUUUGUGUUUGGUCAAAGUGGUGCUGGGAACAACUGGGCCAAAGGUCACUACACUGAGGGUGCAGAGCUAGUGGACUCUGUGCUGGACGUGGUACGGAAGGAGUCAGAAAACUGUGACUGCCUGCAGGGAUUUCAGCUCACACACUCUCUGGGUGGUGGCACAGGCUCAGGCAUGGGCACACUGCUCAUUAGCAAGAUCCGUGAAGAGUACCCUGAUCGCAUCAUGACCACCUUCAGUGUCACACCAUCACCCAAAGUAUCCGACACAGUGGUGGAGCCCUACAAUGCCACAUUGUCCAUCCAUCAGCUUGUGGAGAACACAGACGAGACCUUCAGCAUCGAUAAUGAAGCUCUCUAUGACAUCUGCUUCCGCACCCUUAAGCUAACCACGCCCACCUACGGAGAUCUCAACCAUCUGGUUUCUGCUGCCAUGAGUGGUGUCACAACAUGUCUUCGUUUCCCGGGGCAGCUUAAUGCAGACUUGCGCAAGCUCGCAGUCAACAUGGUUCCCUUCCCUCGCUUGCACUUCUUCAUGCCUGGAUUUGCACCACUGACCAGCAGGGGGAGUCAGCAGUAUCGUGCACUCACCGUUCCUGAAUUAACACAGCAGAUGUUUGAUGCCAAAAACAUGAUGGCGGCAUGUGACCCGCGUCAUGGACGUUACCUUACUGUGGCGGCCAUCUUCCGUGGUCGUAUGUCAAUGAAGGAGGUGGAUGAGCAGAUGCUGAGUGUGCAGAAUAGAAACAGCAGCUACUUUGUUGAGUGGAUCCCAAACAAUGUGAAAACAGCCGUCUGUGACAUCCCACCACGAGGACUUAAGAUGGCAGCCACCUUCAUUGGGAACAGCACGGCCAUCCAGGAGCUGUUCCGCCGUAUCUCAGAGCAGUUCACUGCCAUGUUCCGUAGAAAGGCUUUCCUGCAUUGGUACACGGGUGAGGGCAUGGAUGAGAUGGAGUUUACUGAGGCUGAGAGCAACAUGAACGACCUUGUCUCGGAGUACCAGCAGUACCAGGAUGCCACAGCUGAAGAAGCAGAGGAGUACGAGGAAGAUGAGCCAGAAGAGGAAGUUGAAGGUCGCCAAGAUGUUCACCACUGACCUGAAUAUUCUGAGAAAACAUUUCCCUUGAUGUCAUCUUUAUAAAGGACCCUUGAGUUACCAUCUUAAGCUCACUAGGAUAUGUAAACCUCAACUACUUACAAUGCUCUCUGUGUGACACCUACUUAUUUUAGUUGCACUUAAAAUUAUCGCUAGUUACCUAGCUAUAUUUGAUUCCUUAUCCUAUUCAGGUGUUAGCUAGCUACGAAUGUUUAGCUUAAAAAAAAUACAUUGCUAUAGUACUGUAUAUUAGCAAGGCUAUUAUCAACAAAAAUAAUUUAGCAUUUAGCAUAAGGUGCUACCGAGAGCCACAGCUAAAGUACGAGUUUGUAACUGCACUCAUCAGGUGGUACAAUAAACUUACCUCAUCAGAAACGUAUCAUUGUUUUUUUCUAUA